AUGCCAGGCACACUCCAAACACCCCAACCCAAUGCCUUCCCCCCCGGUCGCCGCGGAGUCUACCUCCUUACGCACCCCCGCUCAGCGUCCAAUCUCUUCCAAACCAUGAUGUCCAAGCAGCCCGGCUACCAGAACUCUGGCUACAAGCUCUUCGACGGCGGCUUUGCGACGCUGAUGAAUCUGGAGAAAGGGCCGCUGAGCGAAUGGCCUGAGGAGGAGAGAAACGGGUUGUAUGAGACGUUUAAAACGGCGUUUGGAAGCUUGGAGGACGAGUUGGACGAUUGCGCGAAGAAUAACAAACAAGCCUUCGUAAAAGAACACACAAUCUUCCUUUCAGGCCCCGACCGCCUCUUCUCAACCGUCUACCCGCACGACAACCCCCCAGCCCUAACCAUCCACCCACGCAAUGCCUCUCCCUCCUCCUCCUCCUCCUUACCACACACAAACCCCACUUCCGUCCCCGACAGCCUCCUCCUCUCCCUCCAACCAAUCUUCCAAAUCCGACACCCAAUCCUAAUGUUCCCCUCCAUGCUGCGCGCCCAAAAGGAUUCGUUUCCGGAUACCAAGCCACGGACGUUGUAUACGUGUACCACGUAUACUCUCAAGUAUACGAGAGCGCUGUAUGAAUGGUAUGCAGAGCGGGAGGCUACGUCAGGGAUUGUGCCAAGGGUUAUUGAUGCGGAUGAUAUUAUGAAUAACGCGGCUGCGGUGCGUGAGUUGUGUCUCCAGACGGGGCUGGAUCCGGAGGCUGUGCUGUACGAGUGGGAGGAGAAGAAGAUUGAGGAUAAUCCGCUUAUGGCGAGGUUUUUGAGUACGAUUAACGCGAGUAAGGGGAUUAAGAAGGGGUAUGAAGCGAAAGGUUUAACGAUGGAGGUGGAGAGGAAGAAGUGGGUGGAAGAGUGGAAUGAGGAAUUUGCGGCGGAUUUGGAGGAUUUUGUGAGUAAGGCGAUGGAUGAUUAUGAGUUUCUUUGGGAGAGGAGAGUGAAGGGGGAGUAG